AGGAGGGGGCGGCGGAGCCGCAGCAGCUUCAGGUUUCCUCCUGGAGCCGGUGGCGGGCGCGGCCAUGUGAUGAGGCGGCGGCGGCGGCGGCGAGCCCGGCAGGCCGGAGAUGCAGGAGCCAUGGAGCUGAGCUGCGGUGAAGUGCCUCUUUACGGACAGAGGACGGUCUGUGCAAAAUUUGGCAAAAAUGUUUAUCUUCCCGAAGAUGCCGAGUUUUACUUUAUUUAUGACGGGUCGCAUCAGAGGCACGUGGUGAUUGCUGAGCGCAUUGAGGAUAAUGUUCUCCAAUCCAGCAUUCCAGGCCACUGGCUUCAGGAGACGGUGAUGGUAUCUGUGUGCCUCUGCUCGGAAGGCUACUCCCCAGUGACCAUGGGCUCCGGCUCAGUGACCUAUGUGGACAACAUGGCCUGCAGACUGGCUCGUCUACUGGUCACUCAGGCUGACCGACUCAUGGCCUGUAGUCACCAGACGCUGCUGACCCCAUUUGCCCUGACGGCAGAAGCACUGCCUGCCUUGGAUGAAGAGCUGGUGCUGGCUCUGAGCCAACUGGAGCUGCCUUUGGGCUGGACAGUCUCGGGAAAUUCCUUGCUUGAAGUAUCUCUACACAGAGAGUCUCUCCUGCACCUGGCUGUGAGAUGGGGCCUGCCUAAGCUUUUCCACUUCCUCUUGUGUCUCCCUGGGGGAGUCAAGGCCUUGGAGCUACCCAAUGAAGAGGGCACCACACCAUUGCACUUAGCUUUGCAUGGUGGACACCCCACACUGGUGGACGACAUCACAAAUUUUCAGGGUAGCCGUUCCCCAGGCUUCUCCCGACUGCGUCUGAGCGAAGAUGCCUCUCUGCACUUCGUACACUCAUCAGAAACAUUGACUCUGACCGUUAACCACACGGCCGAGCAUUUGUUGGAAGCAGAUAUCAAACUCUUCCGGAAAUAUUUUUGGGACAGGACCUUUCUCGUCAAGGCUCUUGAGCAAGAAGCCAAGACAGAAGAGAGACCAACCAUGCCUUCUGGAGCUGCAGAAACCGAAGAAGAGAUUAAGAAUUUGGAGUUUGGCAGCUCUCUGCCUGAGGAGGAUGAUGGAAAGCGUGUCAAAAGCCAGGUGGAUGGACUGAAUGACCACGAAGACCAGGACCACCUGGAUUUGGAUCACUCCUUUGAUGGCCUCAAAAAAUCCAAGCAUGCCCCAACGUCCCUUGCUGUGGGCCAGCUCUCUGAUGUGCUGAAUGGGGGUGAUGAAGUCUAUGCUAACUGUAUGGUGAUUGAUCAGGUUGGCGAUUUGGACAUCAACUAUAUAAACAUAGAGGGACUCUCUGCCCAUACCAGCCCCGAAUCCAUGAGGUCCACUCUGGGGCCUGAGGCUUGCAAGCACAUCCUUCCUCCUGCCAGCAGUCCCUGUGGGCAUCCAUUCAGUGAGGACAGUGAGGGGACAGCGGACACUGCAGCCCUGCAGCCCUGCACCUCACUGGCCGGUUCCCACACUUCUAAUCUGAACCUCUCUUUCGGUCUUCAUGAAUUUGAAAAGGAGCAGAGUCAGCUCAAGAAAAGAAGUUCCAGCCUGGAUGCCCUGGUUGCUGACAGUGAAGGGGAAGGACACUCUGAGCCCCCCAUCUGCUAUGCUGUGGGCUCUCAGAGUUCCUCGAGAACCGGGCUUCCCAGUGGGGAUGAACUGGAUUCUUUCGAGACCAACAUGGAACCAGACUGUAACAUCUCCAGGACUGAGUCACUUUCUCUCUCAAGUACUCUGCAUUCCAAGGAGUCCCUGCUUUCGGGGAUUCGCUCACGUUCAUAUUCCUGCUCAUCACCCAAAAUCUCUUCCGGAAAAUCCCGGCUAGUGCGUGAUUUCACAGUGUGCAGUUCAAGUGAAGAACAGAGAUCAUACAGUUUUCCAGAGCCACCAGGAGAAAAAAGAAUCCAGGAAGAAGAAUGGGAUGAAUACAUCAUUCCUGCAAAAUCUGAGUCUGAAAAGUACAAAGUGAGCCGAACGUUCAGCUUCCUCAUGAACAGGAUGACCAGCCCUCGGAACAAAUCUAAGAUGAAAAACAAGGACGCGAAAGACAAAGAAAAACUGAAUCGACACCAGUUUGUCCCGGGAACAUUCUCUGGGGUUCUGCAGUGUUCGGGUUGUGAUAAAACACUCCUGGGGAAAGAGUCACUCCAGUGUGCCAACUGUAAGGCAAAUGCACACAAGGGCUGCAAAGACGCCGUGCCUCCAUGUACCAAGAAAUUCCAAGAGAAAUACAACAAGAACAAACCACAAACCAUCCUUGGAAGUUCCUCAGUGAGGGACGUCCCACAGCCGGGGCUCUCCUUGCACCCUUCCUCCUCCAUGCCUAUUGGACUACCAGCUGGGAGAAAGGAGACCGCAGGACAGGGGCAUCCGCUGUCCAGAAGCGUCCCAGGAACCACCUUGGAAAGCUUCAGGAGGUCAGUGGCAUCUGUGGAGUCCGAGGGGGACGGUAACAGCUGGAGAAGCAGAUCUCACUCCGAUGAGCUGUAUCAGUCCAUGGGCUCUUCUCCCUCCACGGAGUCAUUCAUGAUGGAAGAUGUUGUGGACUCCUCUCUGUGGAGCGACCUCAGCAGCGAUGCCCAGGAGUUUGAAGCCGAGUCUUGGAGUCUCGUGGUAGACCCUUCCUUCUGCAGUAGGCAGGAGAAGGAUGUCAUCAAAAGACAGGAUGUCAUUUUUGAGCUGAUGCAGACGGAGGUGCACCACAUCCAGACGCUGCUCAUCAUGUCUGAGGUCUUCAGGAAGGGCAUGAAGGAAGAGCUGCAGCUGGACCACAGCACGGUGGACAAGAUCUUCCCCUGCUUGGAUGAGUUGCUGGAAACCCACAGGCAUUUCUUCUUCAGCAUGAAGGAGCGUAGGCAGGAGUCCUGCACCAGCAAUGACAGGAACUUCGUGAUCAACCGAAUUGGAGAUAUUCUGGUUCAGCAGUUUUCAGAAGAAAAUGCAAGCAAAAUGAAGAAGAUCUAUGGAGAAUUCUGCAGCCAUCACAAAGAAGCCAUGAGCCUCUUUAAAGAGCUCCAGCAGAACAAAAAGUUUCAGAAUUUUAUUAAGAUCCGAAAUAGCAACCUUUUGGCUCGCCGCCGAGGAAUCCCAGAGUGCAUCCUGCUCGUCACCCAGCGCAUCACAAAAUACCCGGUCUUGGUGGAGAGGAUCCUGCAAUAUACAAAGGAAAGGACUGAGGAACACAAAGACCUCUGCAAAGCCCUUGGCUUAAUUAAAGACAUGAUUGCAGCUGUGGAUCUAAAAGUCAAUGAAUAUGAGAAGAACCAAAAAUGGCUGGAGAUCCUGAAUAAAAUUGAAAACAAAACAUACACAAAGCUCAAAAAUGGCCACGUGUUUAGAAAGCAGGCCCUGAUGAGUAAAGAAAGGGCUCUCUUGCAUGAUGGGCUUGUCUACUGGAAAACAGCUACAGGUCGUUUCAAAGAUAUCCUGGCUCUGCUUCUAACUGAUGUGCUGCUCUUCCUACAAGAAAAGGACCAGAAGUACAUCUUCGCAGCUGUUGACCAGAAGCCUUCGGUUAUUUCUCUUCAGAAGCUUAUUGCUAGAGAAGUUGCUAAUGAGGAGAGAGGCAUGUUUCUGAUCAGCGCGUCCUCUGCUGGUCCGGAGAUGUAUGAAAUCCACACCAAUUCCAAGGAGGAAAGAAACAACUGGAUGAGGCGGAUCCAGCAGGCCGUGGAAAGUUGUCCAGAGGAAGAAGGAGGGAGGGCAAGUGAGUCCGAUGAAGAGAGGCGGAAGGCUGAAGCCCGAGUGGCCAAAAUUCAGCAAUGUCAAGAAAUACUAAGUAACCAAGACCAACAAAUUUGCAUGUACCUGGAAGAAAAGCUGCAUAUCUACGCUGAACUUGGGGAACUGAGCGGCUUUGAGGACGUCCACCUAGAACCCCACCUGCUCAUCAAGCCUGACCCUGGAGAGCCUCCCCAGGCAGCCUCCCUGCUGGCCGCUGCCCUGAGAGAAGCUGAGAGUCUACAAGUUGCGGUGAAGGUUUCGAAGAUGGGUGACGGAAGCCAGGCAUCUGAAGAAGGCUCGGGAGGAGCUGUCCUGACUGAUACGCUCAGCUCCCAUGAUGUCCCAGCAUCACCAACUGCUUCACUAGUCACAGAAGGGACAGAAGGAAGAGGCUGUUGGGAUGUGGAUCCCGGGCUCCAGGGUGUGGUAACGGACUUGGCGGUCUCUGAUGCAGGGGAGAAGGUGGAAUAUAGAAGUUUUCCAGGUUCCUCACAGUCAGAGAUUAUACAAGCCAUACAGAAUUUAACCCGUCUCCUCUAUAGCCUUCAGGCUGCCUUGACCAUCCAGGACAGCCACAUUGAGAUCCACAAGCUGGUCCUACAGCAGCGGGAGAGCUUGGGCCCCAGCCACUCGUUCCGAGGUGGCCCCUUGCAGGACCAGGAGAAAUCCCGCUACCUGGACAAGCAGCGCGAGGAGUUGGCUAACAUCCACCAACUGCAGCACCAGUUCCAGCAGGAGCAGCGGCGUUGGCACCGCACGUGCCACCAGCAGCAGCGUGAGCAGGAAGCCCAAGAGAGCUGGUUGCAAGCGCGGGAAAGGGAGUGCCAGUCACAGGAGGAGCUGUUGCUGCGCCACCGCAGUGAGCUGGACCACCAACUCCAGGAGUACCAGCAGAGCCUCGAGCGGCUGCGGGAGGGCCAGCGGAUGGUGGAGAUGGAGAGACAGAGGAUGCGUGUCCAGCAGGGUCUGCUGGGCCACUGCAAGCACAGUCGUCAGAGGAGCCUCCCCACUGUCUUCUCUCCAGGGAGCAAGGAGGUAAUGGAACUUAAUCGAGCUGAGAGUUUGUGUCAUGAAAAUUCAUUUUUCAUCAACGAAGCUUUAGUACACAUGUCACUUAACACUUCCAAUAAUAAACCAAAUCCAUCAGGUGUCCUGUGGGACACUUACCCCCCAGGAGUAUCUCCUUUUGAUUUGGUAAGGACUAGUGACAGUCAAACCAAACUGAAGAUAGAUGUUUCUCAGCCUUCAAAUGUCAGCCAUGAACUCUGGACAGCUACGGGAGCCGGCCAUCCAAUACCUGCUCUCCAAGAAAACAACAAGGAUUCUUGUAAAAAUGAUUUUGACUCCAUCCAAAGUGAAACUCCAGAUCCCCAGGACACAAGUCAACAUGGCCCUCAGCCACAGACACCUACAACAGAAGCAAAACUAAUGCUCCCGAUGGUGGCCAGGCAUGGUGGAGAUGCUGGAGAAGGAGCUGAAGAAAACAUUGUUUACCUCUGAUUACAUGCUCAUUUAUUUUUUUCCAAGCAAACAACAAAAACACUGGCACUUUGGGGAGAACCUUCCCUGGGCCCCAGUCCUUGUGUGUGUGAUUGUCUGUGCCCAAAUUGCUUUAAGAAGAAUAUUUAAUAUUUCAUGCAAGUUCAUUCUUUUGGGCAUGAGUCUAAUUAUUAAAUUAUUGAAAAACAGCUCUGCAUGUAGCAUCUUUAACUUGACUCACACACCUUCAAGUUUCUAGAGGAGAAACUUACCUUGAGUAAGCCGAAGGAUAUGAAAAAGAUGUUUUGACUUUGAAGUCCCAUAUUGCACUUUGUGGCCAUUCAUCUGGAGUGUGAAAUGCCGUUUAAGAUAAAGAUGAAAACAUCUGGAUUUAGGGAAUGAUCUUUGCCAGCCAGGGGUGAACCACUCUCACAGCGGUUGCCCAUUGACAGUGGCCCCAUGACCUCAAAGGCAGAGAGGUAGGUCUGGGAAAGGGCUUUUCUCCCUUUGCUCUCAUGUAUGAAUGUCUGGGGCUUCAGAGUUGGAGCGCUGUUCCCCCUCACCACACGACCACCCACGUGUCCUGUCUAAGAAUCUGUUCUGACCGGGCAGGCGCUGUGCUGGAACACAGUCUGGACAUACUUGGGACCUGAGCCAUUCGCUUUGUGGCUCACUUUCUUCUUCUGAUGCUGAUGGGUUCUGAGUCUCUAUCAGCAGCAUCUUCUAGCCCAGCCAGAAGCUCCCUCCAGUCCCUUUUGCUGUAAAUAGUGAAACUCCAAGAGAGAGCUGACCAAGGAGUGAGUGCCGUGGACUACCACUCACUACAAAGUACUUGCCCCUACAGUUCUUCAGGACAGAAUGGCUAGCUCUUGGUGAAGCUUGUUGCCUGCCUGCGCUUUUCUACAGAGGGACAAGUGGACCUUGUUGCUAGAGCACUGUGGAUCUCUGUGAGAAAAUAAACCAGGAAAUGUUCUCAUCUUGUUCUUCAGAAAUAUUUGUAUAUGUUUUGGUCAGUGUCAAUAAAUACCUUUUACCUCAUUA